CCACGCCAAAGCCGAAGGGGAUGGCUCUGCUGGCUUCCCGAGAUGGGGCUCCUGCGGGCGAUCCCUGAUCUCGGCGCUGGAAGUGACGGGAGCGAGCUCCUGUCGGAAGUGCUGUUGGCCCUGCAAAGCCCCGAGCCAGCGAUGGGAAGAAGUUGGGCCGGGUGCUGGUGUUACUGGUCGUGUUACCCCAAGUAUCCAAGAACUCGGGCGUUUGAAGAAGAGAGCAGAGGCCGUGCCCAUGAGCCUUCCCAGCACUCUCCUUUCCUCCCUUGGGCUCCUUUAGGAGCCAGAACUCCCCCCUCUCCGUGAAAGGCUCAAGCCUGCCCCCCCCCCCGGUCUCCAGCCAACCUCUUCCAUGGCAGCAGUUGCAGAGCACCUCCAGGAGGCCGCGUAACUCACAAGGGGCUGAGCUGCUGCAGACCCCGCUUCCUGCUUCCACUGCCUUGACUGAAGCAGGGCCCUGUUGGUGGUGGGCCCUGGAUUGUACUGCGGCUGAAAGAGAGCACCCUGCACAAUCUUUGGGGAAAAGGCGAAACUGGACGUACAAGGAGAGCAGAGGGGAGGCUUGUGAUCCCAUCAACAUGACUGGGCAGCAAGGGAGGAAGCAGAGCAGGCAAAGGCACCCGCAGAACUAAGCCUAGUCCCUGCCUCUUUGCAGAAGACCCAAAAGUGGGGGAAAGAGAGAAAGAGUCUCCUGCCCCCCCCACCCCGCCAAAGCUGGAACUGAAUAAAAUCCUUGGCUUCAAAGCUUGUGGGGCAAAACCUCUGCCAGUCCUCCAGAGCGAAGAUGGUGAUGUCCCACGGCACCUACACCUUCCUCACCUGCUUUGCCGGCUUCUGGCUGAUCUGGGGGCUCAUUGUGUUGCUAUGUUGCUUCUGCAGCUACCUGCGGCGGCGCAUGAAGCGGCGGCAGGAGGAGCGGCUGCGAGAGCAGCACCUGCGCACCCUGGAGAUGGAGCCCCUCCACUACGAGGGCUAUGGGGGCCCUGCCUAUGGGGGCUCCAGCUACGGGGGCGGGUACAUCAGGAACCCGCCGGGCAUCGCGGUACCUCACCGACUCCGGAUCGAGCCCCAUCGCCCUCACCUCCCACCCCCAAGGCCCUGGAGCUGCAGGCAUGGUAAGGGCACCCGAAGGGGACUGAGCCCACUCCUGGUGCAGAAUACGGUCGCGUUUGGGAGGAGCGCUGCUUCUGCAGAGCCAGAUCCAUCCAAGCCACCUUGCUACGAGGAAGCAGUGCUGAUGGCCGAGCCGCCGCCGCCUUACAGCGAAGUGCUGACGGACACGCGCGGCUUGUACCGCAAGAUCACCACCCCCUUCCUGAGCCACGAUCAGCCGGAGAAGCAGGAGCAGCCGCCCAGCUACAAGCCCCUCUUCCUGGACCGGGGCUACAGCUCAGCGCUCCACCUGCCCAGCACAGCCAGCCGGGGCCCCACCUGCACCAACCUCUACUUGGAGGCUGAGCACUCGCAGCGCAUCUUCCCCAGCUGGACAGACUCAGAAUUCAGCGCCAGAGGCAGCUAUGAGCCGGGGCCCUGGCACCUGCCGGUCUCAAUGCCUUUGUUUGGCAGGACUACAGCAGUUUAGCACACCAUGCCACGCCCUGGGUGGGACUGUGGCUGCUGCCGCUGCACACAAGCUGAAGGAUCCCGGCAGCCUGUUUGUUCCCUUGGUCUGCGGGAGCCACCAAGUCUCUCAGUCCGAGCCUUCCAGCCAUGUCUGGGCCAUGAGCCCUCACAGUGCAAAGAUCUCUCCCCCGCCCAGUUGCUCUUUGACCCCCUGGCCAGGGUGAGAUUGGGGCUGGUCUCCCCAUCUCGCCCACUUCCCUUUUUCUGGGCCCGCUACAGGCUCUGUUGGUGCUGACUGCAAGGGGGCCUUUGGGUUUGUUUCCUAUUUUUCGUUUGUUACAUUUUGAAAAUAAUAAAAAGUUUGUGGAACCUGAUUUAUUACAAA